AUGAAUAAUGUUACAGCAUCUUUGAAGGAUUUAUUACCUUCGAACUAAAAGGCUGUGAUUAAGUUCAAAAUAACCGCUGGUAAGAAAAUAGAAUCAGUCUGCUAAUGCAAUCAAAAAAGUUGUAUGAUAUGUUCUCGUAAAAGAUCAUCAUCAAUGCUUUCAUUAAAAUCAAUAAAAAACUCAGUUGUUGUUGAUGAAAACUCUCCUGGUCCUAAAAGAACAGAUAAUAAAAACAAUUUUGUAAUUUAAUCUAGCCUUCUUUCUAAGUAACUAUCAAGAUAAGUAUCUAACCAUCAAAUCCAAAACUAAUUUUAUAAUGGAAAGAUUAAUUAGGAAUCAAAAGGAAGCACUAAUUCAACAACAUGGAUAAUGACAAAUUCUCAUUCUCGAAAAAUAUCAGUAGAUAGUCCAAUAAAAGAAUUAUAGUAAUAAAACUUAAAUUCAAUGGGAAUAGGAAGACAUUCAUUUAAAUUUUUAUAUGUUGUAGGUAAGGGAGGCUUUGGAAAAGUUUGGAGAGUAGAAAUGAAAGCAAAUAGAUAAGAGUUCGCUUUAAAAGAAAUGUUAAAAACAAAGUAUAUCUAUAAAAAAUUUAGAAUCAUAACCAAAAGAUCAGUAAAUUCAGUUAUGAAUGAGAAAUUCUUACUUGAACACUUGAAGCAUCCUUUUAUAGUGAAUAUGCAUUAUGCAUUUUAAGAUAGAGAGAAUCUAUAUUUAGUUUUAGAUUUAUUAAGAGGAGGGGAUUUAAGAUAUCAUAUAGGUAGAGUGAAAAGGUUUUCUGAGGAAUAAACAAGUAUUUGAAAUAUAAAUAAUAGAAUUUUUUGCAUGUUGUAUUUUAUUGUCUUUACAAUAUUUACAUUAACAUGGUAUAAUACAUAGAGAUGUAAAACCUGAGAAUUUAGUAUUUGAUAAAGAGGGAUUUUUAAGAUUAACAGAUUUAGGAGUGGCUCGUUUAAAUAAAGAUAGUAUAGCUAAUGAUACUUCAGGUACUCCUGGAUAUAUGGCACCUGAAGUAAUGUGUAGAAUGGAGCAUUCAUUUCCUGUUGAUUAUUAUGCAGUUGGUGUUAUUGUUUAUGAACUUUUAAUUGGAAAAAGACCUUAUAAUGGAAAAAAUAGAUAAGAAAUUAGAGAUUAAAUAUUAGCUAAAUAAAUAUAAAUUAAAGAAAACACUCCAGGUUUAAGUAAUAAAGCUAUUGAUUUUGUUAAUAAAGUAUAUUAAUAUUACAAUAAUAUAUAAUAGUUACUCAUUAGAAAACCUUAGUAAAGACUCGGCUUUAAUGGAAUUGAUGAAAUUUUUAGUCAUUCUUGGUUACACAAUUUUCCAUGGGGAAAACUUUUAAAUAAAGAAAUUAGAUCUCUUUAUGUUCCUGGAGUAAAUUAUUAUUAUUUUAUUUAGAGUAUUGAUGGUAAUUAUGAUUUUUAAAGUUAAAUCUCAGCAGACAGUGAACCUUAAGAAGACAGUUCAAUGGUUUUAAGAAGGAAAAGUGUUUAAGGCUUAUUUGAAGGAUAUAAAUUCUAAUGA